GGGCGAACUGCCCUUCAUUAUAGUGCCAUCGGGGGCAAUCUAACGGGAAACGUUGUACAUUUCCUUUGCGACGAAAUGCGAUUGUCUGCAGGGCUUCGCGAUGCACAUGGGAAGACACCGUUGGAUUACGCAGUGGAGAUGGGACAAGAGCAUCAGCACCCGAUUCUUUUUGACUCCGAC